AUGGAGAAAAAUGAUAAUGUUAAUGCUACCGAAAAUGAUAAUCUAGAUGCUAAAAAUAUGGAGGAAAAUGUCAAUGUUAAUGUUGCUGAAAACGAUAAUUUAGAUGAUGCAAAUGCUGAUAAUGCUAAUGAAAACGGUGAAGAUAUAGAUAUUUUUGAUCCAACAAUAUGGGAUUCUCUUAAGUCUAGAAUGAUUGAUUUAUUAGCAACAAAAUGUCCUAAAAGAGAUGUGUUUAUUGUGAAGGGUCCUAAAGAUAAAUCAUUUAGACGUUUUAUGGCUAAUUUGUAUACUAGAAUUUUACCAAAUGGAGAGAAAUGUGAUAAAGAUUGGCUUGUUUAUUCAAAAAAGCUUGAUAGAGUAUUUUGUUUUUGUUGUAAAAAUUUUAAAAGAGAGAUUCGUAUAUGUCAAUUAGCAAAUGAGAAUUUUUGUACUUGGAAACAUGUUGGUGAAAGAUUUAGAGAGCAUGAGGUGGACAUGGAAAAUGUUCACAAUAUGACUACUUGUAUGAAAUAUUUUUGGUACUAUUGUAGUUGGAUGUACUAUAGAACAUUUUCAGAAAGACGUAGAUUUAAACCAAAUUUGAAGGAGUUAACGGGUCUAUCACAUGGAAAAUCGCUCAAGAAUGUUGUUGAAGCAAAGGGGGAGUAA